AUGAGCAGACAAGAGUUCCUCGCGGACUUUGUCUACAGCGUUCGAAAACAGUUCAACGUCAACGGCACUCCAGCAUCAUGGGCACAAGGAUCCAAGCCAGCUCAUCGGUUCUGGGGUGACGAAGACAGCGCAAUCGGGAUCGCAUAUUCUAGCCAUGACCACACAAAUCACCACUACGCCGUCAGUUGCGACGCGAAACUCGUUGCCGUUUGUGGCGGGUUGAAUGUCAGUAUAUACGACAUUGCGACCCAGGAACGACGAGCUCAGUUUUGCAUGUCGAUCGACCGGGCAAAUCUCAUGGAUGCACCAAGUCUUGUGGACGAAUCUCUUGCACCCAUCGUUUCUCAGAUCACUCGUACCCACGGACCCAUGGAUUCAGUGAUCCAGCCUUUACUGCACACGCUGCGUGAAAACUACACCAAAGCUCUACAGGAUCUACAGGGCAGUCUGCUAUUCGCAUCCGUCCCUCACGUCGACGGCAAAUUAUGUGGUUCGCGAGACUCCAGCUCAAGAGGAAAACACUUUCUAUACGUAACUAACAAUCACGGUCUUCAACGCGGAGGACGUCCACUUGCAGAGCUUCCGGAGAUUGUGGUAUACGACUAUGCUUUGAAGAGUACAAAGUUUGUUUUGGCUGGUCAUGGAGGAUAUAUCGUAUGGACUAGCUUCAGUCCUGAUGGCCGUUAUAUUGCUUCUGCGUCUCAUGAAGGUACUUGCAGGAUCUUUGACAGCACGACAGGCGACUGCAGACACAAGGUUGACUUGAUGGAUGGCCAAUGCUCAUCAGGAGCCUGGUCGCCAGACUCACAGCACAUAGCCAUCUGCGGAAAGGACAAGCGAAUAGCUACGGAAACUGGAGUUGCUGCAAGUCUUCUGGUGACUGUUGUGAUCUCCGUCGAGACAGGCAAACAAGUCGCGAGUUUCGACCACGGCGACCCAUCCUCCAGACACAGCUCCAUCGCUUGGUCAUCAAGGAACGACAUUGCAAUAACCCAAGACACAGAUAUAUACUUCUGGGAUCCCUUUUCGGACAACACCAUGCAUUCCUUCUCCAUCGAUGUCGAGGGUCGCAUGCUAAAGACCUACGCAGGCUUCAGCCAGAUCUCUUGGAGUGCAGAUGGAAAACGUCUGAUCGUCAUGUGCGGGGACGGCACGAUUGAAGUCUGGGACAGAGAUGCUAAUGUCAGGUGGAGGGUGCAAAGACCGCAGGGGUUGACGACGAAACGAUUUGGACAGGGGUUUCAUUGGCUUGAGAAGCUUCAAAUGUUGAUUUGUUUGAAUGGAGAUGGGUAUUUAAGAUCUUAUACGUUUGAAUAA